CAACGCGGACCUGUGUGAUUCUGUCAGCCAAGAGACCACGGAGGCGAGUGGCGUCAUGUCGUUGCCUGCUUUCCCACCGAGCAGCCCUCUGCCAGUGACCAGCACCAUGACCAGGACAACCUUCUCCCCCAGCUCCCCUACAGACAAGCCCCUCCAGCUACCAGCCCUCUUCAGUGGCCUCAGAGUGUUUAGGAAGGGGGUGAUGGGGCCCGAGAACGACACCGUGGCCCAGAUCAAGUCCCUUCUCCAGGGAUCAAAGAAGGAGCUCGACCCCGAGGUGGAAAACAACCCAGAGGACGCCAAGGUACAGAGGAGGGAAAGCAUUCUGGACCAUCUCUCCCAGUUGUUGAACCGGCGGGAGAACGGAGCAGAUAAGAAAGAGGAAGGAACUUACGAUAGGGCCGAUGAAUCAGAGCUCUUUACCAGAGAUUACAAACCAGUCAUAGAGGAGGAGAAGGAGACCGACGAGAUGGAAAGCAUUGGAGAGGACGACAUCAACCGCAUCACAGACCAGUCCGAAGAACCCACAGGGCUACAGGACAGUCCCAAGUCCCCCGUCUCUGGAGCAGAGGCCGCGUUUGACGCCUUCAAGGCUUUCUUCACCCCAAGGCCUCUGAGGAGAGACCCUUCAGAGAGGUUUGAUCUGAGGAAGAGGAUCAGAAGCGACAAAGAGGUGCUGAAGGGUCUCAUUGAAAGGAGCGCCAACAACACACCCGGGAAAGAAAGCCCUUCAGAUGGCAAAGCAGAGGCUGAUCCCCCGGGGGACGGGGAGGAGCGGACCCCCGGCCGGCUGCAGGCCAUCUGGCCCCCCCCCAGGGACGAGAAGGUGGGGCUGAAGUAUACGGAAGCAGAGCAUCAGGCUGCCCUUCUCCAGUUAAAGAGGGAAUGCAAAGAGGAAGAAGAGAAGUUGCAGGAGGACCACGGCCGCGCCCUGUCCAGGCUGAGGGAGGAGCACGAGGAGAACCUCUCCCUGGCCCGGCUGCACGCCCAGCGCACCCUGGCUGAGGCCCCCCGGCGCGGGGACCUCCGGGACGCCUGCGUCUCCACGGAGGACGAUGUCCCACGCAAGGCCUUCCGCACGGUGUGCGUCCAGACGGACCGGGAGACCUUCCUCCGAGCUCCGGAGGGCGGCGGCGGCGGGAGCCCCCAGCAGCAAAUGGCGCCCCCUAAAAGGCUUGACCUGGCCUCCAUCAGCCUCAGCCUGGUGGGACAGAGGGAGGACCACGCCCCUCCUGACGCAGCUCCGGGCUUCCCACUGCCCCCCCCUCCUCCUCCUCCGCCUCCUCUGGGGCUGGGGAGGGCAGUUGAUGGACCCCCAAGGAAGCCGGCGAUUGAGCCCACCGUCCCCAUGAAGCCUCUCUACUGGACUCGGAUCCAGAUCCAGGACAAAAAGAGUGACAGCCUAUGGGACUCCUUGGAGCCUCCCAGCCUGAUCAACAGCGGAGCCUUCGAGGACCUGUUUGCCAAGGGCACAACGCAGGCCAACAGGAAGCCACUGGCCGAGGCCUACGAGAAGAAAACCAAAGCCAGGAAGAUCGUGAAGCUGCUUGACGCUAAGCGCUCUCAGGCUGUGGCCAUCUUCAUCUCCAGCCUCCACUUAGACAUGAAGGACAUCAAACAUGCGGUGCUCAAGGUGGACCACUCCCUGGUGGACCUGGAGACCAUUGAAGCGCUGUAUGAAAACAGAGCCCAGCCCGAGGAGGUGCAGAGGAUCAGGAACCACUACGAGACGGCGGACCAGGAGCACAUCAAACUGCUGGACAAACCCGAACAAUUCCUAUAUGAGUUGUCUCAGAUCCCCGACUUUGCAGGGAGAGCUCGUUGCAUCAUCUUCCAGUCGGCGUUCAAUGACACCAUUGCCUCCGUCCACCACAAGGUCGAGAUGGUGUCCUCAGCCUGCACGGCGCUGCGGGAGGGUCCCGGGGUGAGGGCGGUGGUGGCCGUGGUGCUUGCUCUGGGGAACCACAUGAACGGGGGCAGCAGGGUGCGGGGCCAGGCCGACGGCUUCGGCCUGGACAUCCUGCCCAAGCUCAAGGACGUCAAGAGCCAGGACAAGCGCAUGAGCCUAGUGGACUACGUGGUGUCCUACUACCUGCACUACGUGGACCAGGAUGCCGGCACGGACCGGAGCGUGUUCCCGCUCCCGGAGCCCCAGGACCUCUUCCUGGCCAGCCAGGUCAGGAUGGACGACCUGGACCGGGACCUGAGGAGACUGGGACGGGACCUGACAGUGUGUGAGAAAGACGUGCUCGCGGUGAGCUCCACCUCCGCUGAGGAGCACCGCCAGCCCUUCAAGGACAAGAUGGAGGCCUUCCUCCUCACGGCCCGGAAAAGCCAUGAAGAGGCAUCAGACCUCUUGAUCACUUCUCAAAAACGCUUUGAGGCGGUGGUGCAGUACUUUGGUGUGAGGCCCAGGGCAGGAGAGAGCGAGGUGUCCACCGCCCACUUCUUCCUGCUCUGGUUUGAGUUCUGUGCUGACUUCAAGACCAGGUGGAAAAAGGAGAGCAAGAACGUCUCCAAGGAAAGACUAAUAGAGGCUCAACAGUCGGUAAGGAGGAUCACAGAAGACAAAAAGGUUGAGAUCAGACAGGUCAACCCCAAUAGCCUGAAAGACCGGCUACGACAGAGAGAUAGAAAGGCUUCCCACUGAGGAACAGGAGAGAAAGGAGGGAGGAUGGAAGACAAUGACUAUGGAAAGACAAAAGGUUCACAUUCACUAGUAUGAUGUGGAUUUCGACCAGUACUGGCAUUUAAUGUUGAUAUAUAUUUUGUUAUCUUUUUUUUAUGCUGUAAAAUACGCCAGUAGCCAAUUGCAUCUAAAACAUAUACCAAACGUAAUAGUCUUAAAUGUUAUCCAGAAAGUGUCUCAAUGUCUAAUUACUACAAUCCAUUAAGACCAAUGCAUUAAAACGAGGAGCCUAGUCUAUAUUAUAGGCCUAAUUAGCAAAAUAAAGUCU